UAAUUGACCCUCAACCCACCGCCGAGCACAAGAAUUGUUCUCCGUUUCCCCCAAUUCCACUCUCGGUUCUUCUUUCCGUCGGCCGGCCGAUCGAUCGAUCCGGACUAAGAGGGUUCCAUGGCGAAGAAUUCCUUCAAGUUGGAUAAUCCCCUCGAAAGGAGGCAAGCUGAGGCUGCUCGUAUCCGGGAGAAAUAUCCUGAUAGGAUUCCUGUGAUUGUAGAGAAGGCUGAAAGAAGUGAUAUACCAGAUAUUGACAAGAAGAAGUACCUGGUUCCUGCCGAUCUCACAGUGGGACAAUUUGUUUAUGUGGUGCGCAAAAGGAUUAAGCUCGGUGCUGAAAAGGCCAUCUUCGUCUUUGUGAAGAAUUCACUACCGCCGACUGCUUCCCUGAUGUCUGCGAUCUACGAGGAAAACAAGGAUGAGGAUGGUUUUCUGUACAUGAGUUACAGUGGGGAGAACACAUUUGGGUCUGCGUAGAACAUAUUCAGUAAAUAAUUUCUGAUAACAUGUACAUUCUCCUUGUUCUCCCAUAAGUUUCACAUUACUCUUGCUGCUUCAUUUACUACGCCGUCACGAGUCUGUCCUACUUUAAGUCCCUCUUGCUGUUUAAUAUCCCCUGAAUUGGAAAUAAUGGGUCUUAAGUUAUCUUGUCGCAUUUUAGUUAUAGAUUGCCUGCUUUCCCAAUG